AAUUUCUAAGUGAUUUUACUUUGUGUUUUAAGCGUUCUACUUCGGUAACAUUAUGUUCAUGCUCGGGAUUGGGAUAAAUUUGUGUAGAGUUUUCAUCGGAAUAUGUUAAUUUCAAACUGGUAGGAAAUUCCAUUUCGUAGGUUGUUCGACAUCUUUUGGUAUUCUAAAAAAAGACAAGUCUGGCGAUUUCUUCCUAUGAUUUUUGAUUUUUACUGUUAAUUGCACUACAUAAAUCACCUCGUGACGAAGACAUUUUCACAUGAAAUGGACAUACUAAAAUAUAGUAAAACACUAAAGAGCAUAAAGUUAACAAUGACAAGUUGUCGGGAGUGGCGUUGUGCUUGCUGACCGCCAGGCUGCGCCAAUUAUCAGCUGGGCAACUUUUGCACCAAAGCUAUGUUUUUGUUUUUUUAUGUCACUCACUAAUUAAUUAGUUAUCCUAAAAAUUUAAAGUUGAGGAAAUCGCAAUAUCUCAUUUGUUUUUAACAUCCUGAAAAUAAGAAUCAUUUAUAUUAAUUUAAGGGAUGUCCUGUUAAGCAGUGAAGUUUAUUUUGUUAGGUUAUGUGAGUUACGAGAAUUUCAAAACAUAACCUAAACAAUUCAUUUUGAAAACUAGUGUAAUUUUUGUCUAGUAUGGAUAACGUAGAAACUACCAAAAAUUUAGCUGAUUCUUAUGCAGCUUAUUUAAAAGUGGAUAAUGUAAAAGAGAUGCGCUCUCUAAAUGAAUCAAUUGAAGAUACACUCACUCGUUUGGAAGAACUGGAAAGUGGAAUAAAGAUGUUGCAAGCAGAACGAGAGAAGUUUGGAUCGGUCGACUUCACUGCGGCCAGGUGUAACCUGAACUCUCUCUGCCAGCGCAUACACAAGCUGGAUGAAAUGUCCAAGAGAGUACUGCAGGAUGUUGAAGCAUUAGAACCCAUGGUGGACGAAGCAGAGGCUACCUUGAUAAACAGUACAGAGGGCAAAUUGAAAAGCCUCUUGAAGCCACUGUUUCAUAUGAGGUUAGACAGUACACCGCCCACGACUUCAGGACAAACAGCCCAAUAUACCCCCCCAAAUAGUUUCAAGACAUCGGAGUUCUUCCUUAAGUCUAAUAAUGAGGAAGUGUUAAGUGCCUCUACAUUAUCAACAAAUUCUUCUCUAUAGUAAAUAUUACCUUUUCCAUGAAAAAUGUGUACAUUUAUAUUUUAUUAGUUCGUUUUCUUAUAUUUAAAAAUGUAUCAUUUCAGCAGAAUAAAUGUGUUAUAUUUUUUA